CGUUUUUCUUCUUUCCAACAGGUAUCAAAUUAUUACUAACAACAGAAAAGCAACCAAAAGAAGAUGAUGUUGAAAAUUGUAGUGUUUUCUGUGUUACUAUGGACAAUAGAAUGUUCUAGAAUAUUGGGAAUUUUUCCCACGCCGGAUGUCAAUCAUUUUUUGUUGGGAUCGCAACUAAUAGAAGCUCUAGCUAAGAAUGGCCAUCAAGUUACUAUGGUCAGUCCGUUUACACCGGAAUGGCGUAAUGAAAAUUUGACCAGUGUUGAAAUCAAGCAAGAAAUGGAAUUAGAAACAGGUAAAUUUUCUAAAUUUACAGACAAUAUAAACAUGAACUUCAUAAGUAGCACAACGAAGCUCUAUGGCGAAGCUUACGAAACCACCGAAGCCUUACUUUCAGAUCCAACCUUUCAACUUUUGUUACAAUCUGGUCAAAAGUACGAUCUAAUCAUAGCGGAAUACUUUAUGAACGAAGCCUUAUUCGGACUAUCAUCACAUUUUAAUGCUCCAAUAAUACUGUUAUCACCUUUACCGACUUCGUCUUUGAUGAACGAAUUAUUUGCUAAUCCAGCUCCGUCAGCUUUUAUUCCGAAUAUUCUAUCAGGGCACACGGGUAUCAUGGGUUUUGGAGGAAGACUUCACAAUUUCUUCUGCAACGUCUUCAAUAAACACUACAAGUAUUACGUUGCUCUACCAAAACAAGAAAAACUGUUAAAUAAAUACAUUAAUAGAGGUGCCAGUAUACAUGAGGCUAUCGAAGAUAUAAGUUUGGUACUACUAAACUCACAUUCUAGCAUCACAGAACCGGUACCACACACUCCUAAUAUGGUUGAAAUCGGUGGAAUGCAUAUACAAUCCCCCAAACCGUUACCAGAAGAUCUGGAUCAUUUUUUACGCAAAGCUAGUGGUGUGGUGUAUUUCGCGCUUAAUUCCGCUUUGAAGAGUUCCGUGUUGGGAAGAGACAAAGUUGUUGAUAUUCUAAGAGGAUUUCGGAUGUUUGCAAAAUUAAGCGUUGUUUGGAAUUUGGAUGUCGAUGAAGAUAUUGGGGAAGUUCCCGAAAAUGUCAUGAUUGUUGGGGAGAUUUCUCAUCAGGAUAUUCUUGCCCAAGAGAACGUAGUGGCUUUCAUAACUGACGGCAAUUUAUUAAGAAUAUUUGAAGCUGUAUAUUAUAAGAAACCAAUUGUUGGUGUUCCUCUGAUUGAAGACCAAAAAUCAAAUAUCGCUAGAGCCGUUCAAGAUGGAUACGGUGUAGAACUGCCGUUUGCCGAAAUGUCCGGUUAUAGAUUGUUUGAAUCCAUUAUGGAAGUUUUGAAAAAUGGACGAUAUUCGUUUAACGUACGUCAGAAAUCAAAAUUACUGAAAGAUCAACUCGUUUCACCAUUGAAAACCGCCGUUUUUUGGACAGAAUACGUCAUCCGACACGGAGGUGCCAGACAUUUCCAGUCGCCGGGAGUUUAUCUUCCAAUAUUCAAAAGACACUUGAUUGAUAUUAUUAUUGUUCUCACCAUUAUCGACAUUAUUCUAUUUCUGAUAUUUUAUUAUAUUUUCAAGCACAUUAUUCACCUUGCGAAGAGAAAGUACAAGGAGAGGAAAAAUAGAAGUUAUCAACAAAUGGAUAGAGAUAACGAUAAAGAGUGAUAUUUUCAUUAGUUAUAUAGUUUUAUGCAAGAGCUUUCGCGAAUUUUUAUUAACUGUAUUGUUAAUAAAAUUGUUUUUAGAAGCACAAUUGAUAGUGACUGUAUUUAAAAAACACCUAAUCAGUUUGAUCUAAUCUGAUAUUUUUUG